CGCGGCCACGUGACGCGUUCAAGCGCGCCGCGCGGGCCCCGCGCGCAAGGAGGACGGCGCGGCGGGGGCGCGCGGGCGAUCAGGAGUUCCCUCAUUCAUGGCUUGAGCCUGGCAGUCAUAGGAUGGACUGUCAACUCCUCUGCAGGCACUGAAGUGGCUUCAGAAACAGUGGCCGUGAGCCGAAGACUCGCACAGGUGACAUACCUGCUCCGGAAAAGGCUUAGAGAGACAUGGAGAUUGAAAGAAUCAUUCAAGACACACUGACAUGCUUCAUCCAGUCCCACAUUCCUGCAGCAGAUCUUAGUGGGAUGGAUGAUGUUUUCUUCUCUUAUAUCACGGGUGUCCUGGAAGAGCUGGGCUCACCAGAGUCCUCUGAAGAGACUUUUGACAUGGACACCUUUGUGGAAAUGAUGGAGGCAUAUAUCCCUGGUUUUGCAGAAAUCCACAGUGGGGAUGUUUGUGAAAUGAUGUUCUCCCUCUCAGAAAGGCUGGGUGAAGCUCGCAACAAAGAAAAACUUGGCCAAAAGGCUGUGGAAAGCAGGAGUGAAGCAUCCUCUGAAGAUCUCACCAAGGGCCAGGAGGCUGGAGCUGGAGCCUGCAACGGGGAAAGACUGUGCACUCUAACAGACGGAGCCGGGGCCCAGGAAGGUGCUGACUUGAAGGAUGGGGUGGAGCUGCUACUGGAGAUGUUUCCAGCCUGUACUGUGAGCCAGGCAGAGAAGGCUCUCGCCAUGACCUUGGGGAACUUGGAAGAGGCAGUGCAGUUAAUUGUGGAGGAGAAGGUGGAAAUUGGCCCAGCAGGUGCGAGUGUGAAGGAACUGGCACGGCCCCGCAGAGCACCCAAUCACGAGGAACUAAAACAGGUCAUCUUACAGAAAUACAUGAUGGUGGAUAGUGCAGAUGAUCAGAAAACACAUCGGCCAGCUCCACCCAAAGAGGCUCCCAAGAAGUUGAUCCGCUAUAUUGAUAACCAGGUGGUGAGCACAAAAGGAGAGAGGUACAAAGACAUCAAGAAGCCUGAGAGUGAGGAGAUGAAAAGAACCUACAUCAGCCUAAAACCAGCCAGGAAGUAUAAGUUCCACUGAUAACCAGGUCCUCCUGCUCUUCAGCCUUCCACCUCACUGCCAGGCAUGGCAGGAUGCAUGUGUGGUGCUAGGAAUGAGGUGACUCCACCUGCGACUAACUUGAACUAACCUGGAAGCCAGGACACUGCUUUCAGCUUCCUCAACUAACCUGGCUGAGGACAGACUUCUCUCCUUGUGUAGGUAUCCUCUGCCCCCAGGGGCACACCGCAGUGGCUCUCCAGGAUCUGGGCAUUCUCUGCUAUUCCUUGCAUGGGACAUUUUUAGAUCUGAGAUGUGGCAUGUGCUUUUGCAGCAACCUCUUUAACAAGUCUUUGUGCACUGUUGCUUGAGUGCCAGUAUUAAUAAAGAUGAUGUAAGUUGGUGUGUAGUUCA